CUCCCUCAGGAUGGAGGUCCAGCUCCUGAGAGGCAGCCAUCGAGGGGGAGGCAGCCUCUUGCUCCCUCCAUUCCUCCUCCUCCUGCUGCUGCUUUUGGGUCUGGGGGCUUCUGCUCAACCGCAGCAAGAAAACAGAAGCCAAUGUAUCCUCUCCACAUCAUCAGAAUUCCCAGAGGGUUUUUUUACACAACAGGAGCGAGAAGAUGGAGGCAUCAUUAUCUAUUUCAUAAUCAUUCUUUAUAUGUUUCUGGCUGUGUCCAUUGUAUGCGAUGAUUACUUCCUGCCUUCCUUGGAGAUUAUCAGCGAGUCACUUGGUCUCUCUCAAGAUGUUGCAGGAGCAACUUUCAUGGCAGCUGGUAGUUCUGCCCCUGAAUUAGUCACAGCAUUUCUAGGAGUUUUUGUCACAAAGGGAGAUAUUGGAGUCAGCACCAUCCUAGGUUCUGCGAUCUACAAUCUUCUUGGUAUCGCUGCAGCAUGUGGACUAUUAUCUGGUGUGGUUUCAAGACUUUCUUGCUGGCCGCUGUUUAGAGACUGUUUGGCCUAUGCUAUUAGCGCAGCAGCCGUUCUUGCAAUGAUCAUUGACAACAAAGUUUACUGGUACGAAUGUGCUUCACUCUUGUUAAUAUAUGGAGUCUAUAUUUUGCUUCUCUGCUUUGACAUUAAAAUCAACCAGUACAUCAUGAGGAAGUUUAGCCCUUGCUGUGCCUGUUUCACAGUGCCAAUAGAAGAGAUUGAACAACAGCCACUAGUUGGAUGGAAGGAGGAGACUGGACCACUUGUUCGGCGACAGUCGACAGCAGACAGAAUUUUUCACGAUGAUUCAGAUUAUUCUCAACUUUCACUAAGUUUACAUGGACUUGAUACAAUUUCUGAAGAUCCUCCAAGUGUAUUCACUGUGCCUGAAGAAGAUCUGAAGCGAGUUUUGUGGGUGCUCUCUCUUCCCAUUAUUACGAUACUCUGUUUGACAACACCUGACUGCAGACGACAGUUUUGGAAGAAAUGGUUCAUGCUUACAUUUCUCAUGUCCGCAGUGUGGAUUUCUGCAUUUACAUACAUUCUUGUGUGGAUGGUAACGAUAGUGGGUGAAACCUUGAAAAUCCCAGACACCGUAAUGGGCCUUACACUCCUAGCAGCAGGAACAAGUAUACCAGAUACAAUUGCAAGUGUGCUGGUGGCCAGAAAAGGAAAAGGCGAUAUGGCCAUGUCAAAUAUUGUAGGAUCCAACGUAUUUGAUUUGUUGUGUUUGGGAUUACCGUGGUUUAUAAAGACAGCCUUUGUAGACACAUCAGGUCCUGUGCAAGUGAACAGCAGUGGCUUGACUUACACUGCCAUUUCUCUUGUUUGUUCCAUCGUGUUCAUUUUUCUGGCUGUACAUCUGAAUGGCUGGAAGCUAAACAAAAAACUGGGGGCAGUCUGUCUACUGAUGUACCUAGCAUUUGCAAUAUUAUCAGUUCUUUAUGAACUUGGAAUCAUAGGAAACAAUCCUUUCAGAAUCUGUGGCGACUAA